AACACGCUGUGGAUUGAUAACCUUCCUAGAGGUUACAGCACUGGCGGAGAAUGACUAAGAAACGAAACUUUAUGAGUUUUUUAGUUAAUUUCUAGCCUCUUUCUUUAUUUCUUCGCCUUUUACUGUUUUGUUUAAUAAUAUCAAAUAAAUCGUGUGUGUUAAAAACGAUGAACACUUUUUCCAUGCCGACCGGUUUCAAAACCCACCAGGAAGGCCGGCUCGCUGGUAAAGUCGAGUUCUACAAUGUUCAGAGGUCGUACAUGUCCUCAAAAGUAGCCCGGGUCCGGUGGAGCCCGGAUUGCGAACACUUCCUGACAGGUGGGUACGGGGAGCCCACGAACAGGGUGGAGCUUUGGCACUUUCCGAGGGGGGCCGACUGCGCCUACGGAUACCCUAAGCUCAAAGACUCAAUUACUACGAACGGGGAUGUCAACGAGAUUAAAUUCGUCGAUGGAAACAGGUUUUUGUUUUCAACAACGACAAGUGAACUCCACUUGGUACAAAUCUCGAAUGAAAAGAUGGAAAUUGUUGAGACGUGGGAUGGUAAAUACUUCGUCGGCGAUUCCAUUUACGGUUUUGACAUAAGCGACGAGAGCACUGUUGCUGUUAUAACGAGCGAGGGUAUAAUUGCUUGCUUCUCCCUCGCGAACCGGCAGGAGCCUUCUGCCACGGUUGGCUCACACAAGGACAACAUCGAGUGUGUAUCGUUCUUAACGAAUCACGAAUUGGCCCAGGGAAACUUGAGGGGUCAGCUCACCGUCUGGGAUCUUAGAUUAGACCUGUUCAAGCCGGCGAUGUCUUUCGCAUACAACAGGGACUCGACGGUCGGCGUCACCUGCAUACAGCCUUUUCCGGUUCGGAAGCACAUGUUGGUCGCCAGCGGGAUGGAUGGUUCAGUAACGACGUGGGACCUAAGGAAGCCACUGAUGGCCGAGACAGUGUAUGAGGCACACAGUAAGCCAGUUACGUCGAUGGUCUUCCACCAGGCUAGGCCGUCGAACCUUUUCACAACUUCGAUGUCGGGCGAGGUAUGGCACUGGACCAACUUCCUUAGCUUACUCGGCGAAGGCGGUACGACUGUGACCAUGUUCAACCACACCGUCACGAUCCCGCCACCGGACAACAAGCCGGAUGUCGUGUGCCUGAUAGGGAAGAAGAAGUUCCCGACGAAUUCGUGUGACGUGAUUGAAGACCGUCUUGUCUGCUCGACAGACAAUGACUGCCUCGUCUUCGUACAGCCUUUACAACUAAAAUGAUUACAAACAAAAAUAUUUAUUUUUUAAUCCAUUUUUAACUAAGACUAAGAAGAGUCUUAUUAUGAUGUUUAGUCAUUCAUCGAGCUUUUCCUCCUAAGAAAGUACUGAAGUAUAUGUAAAGAAAAAACAUUGUGUUUACUUGUCAGGUGGUACCCAAUAAAUCCAGGGGUUUCAAGGCAUAUUGACUAAAUGAAAACGACCUGUUAGAAUGCUACUAGCGUAUUCUUUGAAUUACAUACAGAGU